AUGUCUCUCCCAUACUUAAAAGGAAAUUGUACCAGGUACCAAAAUUUAAUUGAAAAGGAGAUAAGCAAAAGUGGAGCUCUCGUUUCCGAGGAUGCCAUGGAAGAAGAUCUGUCCGAACUACUUCGUCAGGUGGAAUCAUCGAUAAGGCGACUUAAGGACUUCAGUGGUAAAUUGGAAGAAAAUAUAGAGAAGUGGUCCCUGUCUGUAGAAAGCAAAGAAGUUGACCAAGGUGAAGUAGAUAAAUUUACAGGUGAUAGUGAAAGGUUAUUUGCAUUAUUAGCUGAAGCAGCUGAACGCAUAGAUCAACUUAUGAUGCUGGAGAGGAGUUUACAGGAGAGAAUAACUACUGUGAAAGCUACACGGCAAACUACUGAUUCAAGACUUGAUCAUAUUGUAUUUUUACAAGAAAAAAUGCAAGAACAGAUACUACAAUUUCAAGAACUACAACUUCAUCAGUCCCAAUUUCAUACAGCACCACAAGGCCCUUUAGCUGUAAGGCUUCCAAAACUGGAACUACCCUCCUAUAAUGGAGACAAGAUCAAAUUUAAAGAAUUCUGGGAUGCCUUUGAUGCUACAAUCAACAGGAAUAGUAAGCUCUCUAGGAUUGAGAAAUUCAAUUAUCUUCAGAGCAAACUCACAGGAGAAGCCAAGGCAGCUAUUUCAGGAAUUUCGCUCUCGCAUGAAAACUAUGAUGUAGCCAUUGAUAUCAUACAGGAGAGAUUUGGGGAUGCACAGUCAGUGAUCAAUAAACAUUAUAUGGAACUGAUCAACAUACAGCCUGUGACAAAUGAUACAUUGAGUUUGAGGAGACUAUAUGAUGACCUUGAGAAACACAUGAGAAGCUUAGAAGCAUUGCGUCAAGAUGUAAACCAGGAUGUGUUUGUGUCAAUGAUAACUUCGAAGUUACCUAAGGAAACACUGCUGCAGCUUGAAAUACAGAAAGGAAGUAGAGACAAAUGGACUGUUAAGAAACUAAGAGACUUGUUUAAAGCUUAUGUCACAGCAAAGGAAUCUACAGAAUUUCAAGCUUCAGAUGCUCAUAAUCAUGUGGAAAACCAUGCAACAGCAGAGGCUUUAAUGAUAUCCACUAAAGAGUCAAAGGAAAGAAGAAAUGCAUCAAGUGCAAAGUCUCCAGUGUGCAGUUUUUGUAAUGGAUAUCAUUGGACUGAUGAGUGCAGAAAGUACAGAACCAUAGAAGACAGAAAACAAAGAAUUAAAGGGAAAUGCUAUAUAUGCUUAAGACCUGGACACAGAAUUAAAGACUGUAGAGUUGUGAAACCAUGUUUUCAUUGCAGAGAGAGUAGGAAUCACCAUAGAAGCCUGUGUCCAAAGAAAUUUCCACAUCAGAGAGAUGAAUCCACAAGGCUGGAAAAAUCAACACAGAAAGAAACAUCUUGUUUAGCAGACGAGUCACACAAAGAGAAACAUUCCACAGCAGAAUCAUUACAGGAAAGCAGUAUGUUUACAUCAGGGGAUAUUGUGUUGAUGCAAACUGCCCACACAGAAGUGUCUAACCCUGUGACAAACAAGAAGGAAGCUGUCCGGAUUUUAAUGGAUUCUGGAUCCCAGAGAACAUACAUUACAGAGGAUCUAGCAAAGAGAUUAAACCUUAGAAUGGGUCAAACUGAAGAAAUUUCAUUGAUUACAUUCGGUGCUAACAAACCAAAGCGAGUGAAAACUCCACAAGUCAUCUUGAAGAUGAAACUUAAAGAAGAAGAAUUUAUGACAAUCAAUGCCAAUGUUGUGCCAAAAAUCACAGGAACUAUACUGAGAAGACCCAUACCACAAAUUGCCAGGGAAAAGUUGUUUAGCUUGUGUAGACAUCUCCAGAUGUCUGAUACUAUUCCAACAGCCUUUGAAGAUUCUAGAGUAGACAUACUCAUUGGAAAUGACUAUUACCUUGAUAUCAUCUCAUCUGAGAAAAUAGGGGUACAGGAAGGACUGUAUUUAUUAGGAUCCAAACUUGGGUGGAUCAUAACAGGAAGGACUCACAGCAGUAAUGAAGAGAGAAAAGAACAUCAGAUGAUGAUAGCAAAUGGAUUACUGUCAAUUACAGAGUGCUGUCUGUGUUCUUCAGAGAGAUGUUUGCCAGUGAAACCUCUACUUGAAGACUUUUGGAAUUUAGAGACUAUAGGAAUUAAAGACUCCCCCUAUACAUCAGAUGAUGAGGUAGCACUGAGAAAUUUUAAUAGCACCUUAGAGAUGGGAAACAAUAGGUAUCAUGUCACUUGGCCAUGGAAGAGUUCAUGUCCAGAACUUCCUGAAAACAGAGAACUUGCGUAUGGAAGGUUCAAGUCACUUGUACACUUAGAUGCUUUUUGGAAAGCUUGGCGAGAUGACUACCUUCUAAGUCUUAGAGAAAGGACCUCUUACAAACUUAAAGAAGGACGAAUUCAACAUAGGAUGGAACCAAGAAUUGGAGAUGUUGUGCUGAUUAAGGAUGAUCUUCCUCGAGGGAACUGGAAAAUUGGACGCCUUUGUGAACUAAUUGUGAGUCGGGAUGGAGAAGUGCGGUCGGGAAAGGUGUUGCUCCCCAGCAAAAGGACCUUAAACAGACCAUUGAACUUGUUAUACCCUAUUGAAUGUUCGGAAGAGAGUGAUUCAAAGAAAAGCGUGGAAAGAAGUGAAAAUCAAAGUACCGAAAGACCUAAUAGCUUAAACCAAGAACAUUCCAAAGAGAGGAAACCGUGUGUGACUGAUUCAGAUGGAACUACUUCUGAAAACCGUCCAAAGCGAAGAGCUGCCGAGAAAGCGAAGGAAAAAAUCAAGGACUGGUUAGAUGCGUAA